AUGUACAUCACGAAACUCAAAGAUGCCGCGCUGAGCGUGCAGUUCUUGGCGCUGAGCGCGUUCACCGUGCUCGCGUACACCAUCGUCGCGGCGACGAAUUACGAGCUCUUCGCGAAAAUCAUGCCGACGCUCGUCAACGCCGGCAUGACCGCAUCGAAUUGGCCCAUCUUCAAGGCUUGGAUCAUCACCGCUCAGCUCGGUUGGUUCGCCGGUAAGAUCACCGCCGUUCGCGGCGGCGCCUCGCAGGUGAAGAAAUUUUGCGCGUUGAACGUCUUCCCGAUGCUGUACUUGGUCGCGACUGCAUUCGGCGUCGGCGCCUGGGACGCCCCGGUCUGGGCCGUCUUCACCGCGGCGUACGCGUACUUUGGAUACGUCGAAAAGUGA